CUCGAUCCGGGUUGGUUUUUGGAUGAAGAUUGCAGUGUGUCUGGUCCCUGGGCCCAGUCGGUUAAGUCAGCCGUGCGGGAGAUGGAAUAUGUGGACAUGAACCGUCUGGGCUGCGGAGGAGGAGGAGGAGCAGGAGGAGCAGGAGGAGGAGGAGGAGGGAAGAAGACGCGAGUGGAGGGGGGCCAGCUCGGGGGUGACGAGUGGACACGCCAUGGCAGCUUUGUGAACAAGCCAACUCGAGGCUGGCUCCACCCGGACGACAAGGUGAUGGGAUCCGGCGUCUCCUACCUCGUACGGUACAUGGGCUGUGUGGAGGUCCUGCAGUCAAUGCGAGCGCUGGACUUCAACACCCGGACGCAGGUCACCAGGGAAGCGAUCAGUGUGGUGUGCGAAGCCGUCCCGGGGGCGAAAGGUGUCUUUAGGCGGAGGAAGCCAUGCAGCCGGUCACUCCACACCAUCCUGGGGAAGAGCAACCUGCAGUUCGCGGGAAUGGCCAUUACCCUCACCAUCUCCACCAGCAGCCUCAACCUCAUGGCAUCCGACUGCAAACAGAUCAUCGCCAAUCACCACAUGCAGUCCAUAUCCUUCGCCUCCGGUGGCGAUCCGGACACGGCAGAAUAUGUUGCCUACGUCGCCAAAGACCCUGUCAAUCAAAGAGCGUGCCACAUAUUGGAGUGCCCGGACGCCAUGGCCCAGGAUGUCAUCAGCACCAUAGGGCAGGCCUUUGAGCUGCGUUUCAAGCAGUACUUGAAGAAUCCUCCCAAACUGGUCACCCCCCAUGACAGGAUGGCGGGUUUCGACAGCUCAGCCUGGGACGAGGAAGAGGAAGAUCCCGCAGACCACCAGUACUACAACGACUUCCCGGGCAAGGAGCCGCCGCUGGGGGGCUUGGUGGACGUCCGGCACCGCGAGGGGUCAGGGGUCACGGCCCCCCGGCUCCCUGCCCUCCCACCGCAGCACCCCAACCAUCACGGAGCCACUCUGCCCGUGGGACAAACGCCAGGGAAGGCCUACGACUCGCAGUCGCCAUCCUCGGACUCUCCGAAGCAGCUGACCACCGCGCAAGGUACUUGCCCGCAGAGGUUCGGUCACCCCGGUUUACCCCCCAGCGGGAAGCCAGGGUGCCGCUCUGAGAUGUUCGAUGACCCCUCGUACGUCAACGUGCAGAACCUGGACAAAACAAAGCCCCCAGUCGUCGGGCAGACCAACGGCAAUACUCAGACGGACAUCUUUGACAUGAAGCCGUUCGAGGAUGCCCUGAGGGUGCCCCACCCCUCGCCCCCAGCCAGCGCCCCCCCGAGCCAGGUCAGUGCCGGUAUGGAGGAGCAGCUCCGCCGGGAGGUCUGGUACCACGGCAAAAUGAACCGCAGGGAGGCGGAGAAGCUGCUGCUGGCGAACGGGGACUUCCUGGUGCGGGAGAGUACCAGCACCCCGGGGCAGUACGUGCUGACCGGCCUGCAGAGUGGGCAACCGAAACACCUCCUGCUGGUGGACCCAGAGGGAGUGGUGAGUGUACGCCCCCCUUCCCCUGUCCAGGGCGGGGGGCUGCCAUCAGGGGGAGCGGUGUAG